UCCCUAGUGCAACUACUGAAUUGGUCGAACCUAAAAAUUUUGACCAUAUUAAUAUUCAUAAUAUAGAUACUGAUAAUAUUGACCAUAAUAAUACUCAUAAUAUAGACACUGAUAAUAUUGAACAUACUGAAAUUAAUUGCCUUGAUGUGGGUGACUUAAUCGAGCAUGAACUCAAAAAUCUGACUGUCAACACAGUUUAUCAGACUCGACUAUUAGUGAACCCGAUAUCAAAAUUAGAAUUGAUUGAUACUUAA